AUGUUUGUCUCUGGACUUCCUGGCUCAAUUGGUGUUCGCUGUUUUUCUCCAAGAAGGGAGCACCUGAGGCAGUGCUGCACCGUACGACGCCUACAGUGCGCAGCACAGGACCUCGUCCAGCCGAAUGAGGAGUUCGAGCUCGUGGUUUCCGAUGAGCCGCUCGGACCACCUGAUUCCGCGGACGAGGAGGCCACACCUGUUGCAGCCUCUGGUCGUGGCACCGGCUCGGAAGCCGUCGCUCCCGGGGAGGGCGGGCGCACCCGUGGCGAGCGUCGCCGCUCCCUUCGCUCGAGUGCAAGCUGGGCAAACAUUUUUGUUGCACCGUUCGGACGCAAGGGUACCGGUAGUAGGCCGCACUUGGACUUGCGUCCUCCUAGUGUACAGACUCGCGGGGCCUCCGACGUCAUCACCUGUCCGGACUGCAAGGGCACGGGCUUGAGCAUCUGCUACAUUUGCAACGGUUCACACUUUUACAAACCAAACGGUGAGGUGAUUGAGUGCCCCGCUUGCCACGGCAAAGGGAGGCGAACCUGCAUUCAUUGUUACGGACAAGGCAAAGUUGCCGAACUCGGUGGUGACUGGUGGAAGUACGGCGUGUUAAACUGGUUCAAACGCCGUGGGAAGGGAAUGUAG